GGUGCGCUUAGCUGCGCCAAUUGCGGGACGAGCACGACUCCGCUUUGGAGGAGGGAUGAUGUUGGGAAUAAUAUUUGUAAUGCGUGUGGGCUGUUUUUCAAGUUGCACGGUACACACCGACCCAAUUCGAUGAAGAAAACCGUGAUCAAGCGUCGGAAACGC